GGACCAUGAAAGAAGAGAGGAACCAAUCUCUAAAGCCUCAUGUGAGAUGUGUAGGCGGCGAAAGGUCAAAUGCGACCGAAUGAGGCCAGCCUGCGGUUGGUGUACGCGCAACAGUCGUGUUUGUGUCUACAAAGAGAAGCGGAAAGCUGUUGAGGAGAGCGAGAGGAAUGACCAGCUGGAGGUUCGACUUGGUCACCUUGAUGCUUUGGUGCAAGGCCUGAGACAACGCGUUGACAAUCACAUUUCGCGCCAUGAUGCUCACCACGAAGUCUCUCAUUCUCCCAUGUCCAAGAGUCCAUCAACACAUCAUGACCGACAUCGCAGUUGGCAUGUUACUGCAUCUCCCGAGUCCACACGCUCGGAUAUGCUAUCUGAAGGCGCUCGAUCUCCCACGAUUGUCUUUGAUCGGCCGUUCAACCUCACAGGCGGUGUGAAGUUACCGCGAAGCUUCAGCACAAACAUGAAGACUGUCUAUGAACAAGAGAUUAAUCUAUCGACGGAUCCAGACCUCCCUCCCAGCGACUUGUUAUACGUUCUGGUAGAUCUCUUCUUCAAACAUAUCAACACAUGGUUUCCUUUACUUGACCGCAAAGCCACCUUUGGAACAUAUUUUGGUUCUACUUCUGUCUCGCGAGGCGAUCGUGUGGUGUUGUUUGCCAUUAUUGCAACAACGCUGCGGUUUGCAACAGAUGCGCGCCUAACGCCAAGUGCAAAGCAAAAGCUUCACAAUGACUGCAAACAGAAGGUAGAGCUGUAUGCUUUAGAGAAUGUCAACCUCUUUUCGCUUAGAGCCCUCACUCUUCUCGCAUUAGAUGUUUUGGGGACGUCCAACGAACUACAGGGACAGAACCUUUUGUCUCUCCUUGUGCAGAACAUUACUCAUCUUGAACUCUGCAUGGAGAAAAGCGUCUACUUUGCCGCUCCAAUGUUGCCAAAUGAGGCAUUGCCUCGCAGGGUUGUACUCCCAGAACCUGAUUCCUGGAUUGAAGAUGAAGGGCGACGCAGGCUCUGCUGGAUGGUAUAUGUGCUGGACAGAUACGCAACCCUAGCAACACCAUACAAAUUCAUACUGGCAGAAGAGGAUAUGAAACGAUUUCUUCCUUGCCGAUACGACUUGUGGUCGAAUGAUCUUCCAGUGGAGACAAGAUGGCCAAAUGGUCUUGACACAACAAAGUUGAGACUCACAGUCAACACGCCAGAAAACCUCGGCAGCUUUUCUUAUCACUGCGAGGUCCUUGGGAUCUUGAGCCGUGUUCACAAUUUCCUGGCGAAGCCACUGGAUAUAUACUCGAUUCAGGAUGUCCGGAGCUGGCAGAGCACUUUUGUCGCACUGGAGGGCGAACUAUCCACCUGGCUUCGUGAACUACCUGCGGAAUACGGUCAGAUAUCAGUCUUGUGCCAUUCUGAUCCCGGGGCCAGAAUUAUUAAUUGGAUAAUGCUGCAUGCCGCAUUUGUGGUAUCGACCAUUCGGCUCAACUCUGCAGCGGCGUAUCCCGUGAUCCAAAACGACGUGUUUGUACCCUCUUACAGCGCCAUGCAGACUUGUCUCUCUGCAGUGGAAAGCCUCAGAAGCAUCGUCCAAGACGUAAUCGAGACCAGCGGCUUGUCUCUAUUGGGGCCACACUUCGCCUUCUCGCUAUGGACGUCGGCUCGGCUUCUUCUGGUACAUGCUGCGACUACGGGAUGUGAAAUCGACUCCAACGUUCAUUUCUUUGUGGGCACCUUGGCCGAGAUGGGCCGAUACUGGGAGAUUGCUGCAAAUUACUCGGCGAUCCUGGGCCGAGUGACCGAGGAGGGGCGACAAGGAGACAAAACCCUUACGGAGAUGAGGCAAUACGCCCAUGAGCUCUCGAUGCUUUCUGGUUCGACGAGACUGAGUGGCUUGGAACCUACUUCGACUCGAAUUUCUUCUGCAAACGAGCUAGAUUACCUCGAGAUUUUUGAUUUCUUCAACUACCCUCGAUCGGCUGACCAUGGCUCUACCGCUCCGUACGAAAUAGAGCAGCAUCUAUUAGAUUAUGAUUCUGGGCGCGCCUCACUUGGCAUGGGCGUUGAAAUGCCUAGUGUAGAAUCGGAUUGGUUGCAGUAUGAGACCCAUUAGCCGAUGAUAGUAUUACUACGAGACGCCUUCUACUUAUUUCCUAUCUCAUGAUAGUCCUUUUGUC